UCUCAUUCAAUCGACAGCCGCGGCCGAGUUAUAUACUUUCUGUACAAUACUAUUUGCUUCGGAGUGUUGGAUUUGUAGCUUGUGCUGUUAAACAAAAAAAUGGGUGUUGAAAGCGUUGCGGAAUCUGAAAUACAAACAUUUUACAAAGACAAGACAGUUUUUCUAACGGGCGGCAGCGGUUUCCUUGGAAAAGUGAUCAUUGAGAAACUGCUGCGCUCAACAAAAGUGAAACGCAUCUAUGUCCUAAUCAGAUGCAAGCGUGGCCAAGAUGGGCUGCAACGGAUUGCUGACUGGAAGAACAAUGCCAUGUUUAGUUUGCUGCUCCAAUCCGAUGCUAGUUGCUUUAAUCGCAUAUCGCCGAUAAACGGAGACUGUCUGGAUGCGAAACUUGGCAUCAGUCAGGCUGAUAUGCAGCUGCUGACUGAUGAGGUGCAGGUGGUUGUGCAUAGUGCGGCAAGUGUACGCUUCAUGGAGCCCCUGCACUUGGCAGUGGAUAUCAAUACGCGCUCCACUCGCUUAAUGCUGCAACUAGCCAAGCGGAUGCCUCGAUUGGAGGCAUAUGUUCAUGUGUCUACGGCAUACUCAAACUGUGUCAUUGAGCAUAUCAACGAGCGCUUCUAUCCGGAGAACUUGACCUGCACUGCCGAAACGAUUCUAGCGCUGAGGGAGCAGCUGAGCGACGAGCUGUUCGACAGCAUGAAACCAGCGCUGAUUGGCAAAUAUCCUAAUACAUAUACCUUCACAAAGGCGCUGGCUGAGGAGGUGGUGCAGACGGAGGGCAGCGGUUUGCCCAUAAGCAUCUUUCGCCCGGGUGUCAUUAUUGGCAGCUACAAGGACCCCCUCCCGGGCUGGGUUGACAAUCUAUAUGGUCCCAUGGGGCUAAUAAUCGGUUGCGCACUUGGAGUUGUGCGAGUUCUUUUCAUUAAUAGGUUGGCGCUCGCCCAUGUUGUGCCUGUUGACUAUUGUGUCAACAUGCUGCUGGCCAGCGCUGGCCGUACAGCCAGAGAUCAUGCCACAUGCAAUAAAAAUGCGCUUGCCACAAGUUCGGGAGCGUCGCCACAGUUGCCAGUGAUCUACAACUAUGUGCUCAGCGAUAAGAACAAAUUUACCUGGGGUAAUUUCAUAGAUUGUUCACUAAAAUUGGUCGAUACAUAUCCACUGUCAAAAAUGAUGUGGCUGCCAUGUGUAUAUAUCGUCUCCACAACAUGGAUUUUCAACCUGAUCGCAUUUCUCGUUCACAUUGUACCCGGGUACUUUAUCGACAUAUCGUUGCGCCUGCGAGGUCAGAAGCCACGUAUGAUUAAGAUCUAUCAGAAAAUACAUGAAAAUAUUGAUGUCGUAAAGCCGUUUGUUACCCAAUCCUUUCACUUUGCGACGCACAACACGGACAAGUUGUGGAAGAGCUUGUCGCCACAGGAUCAACAAAUCUUUGAAUUCGAUAUGGGUAGUGUCGACUGGAGCGAUUACUUUUAUCGCUCCCUUGGAGGCGUGCGUAUUCAUCUCGGCAAGGAAGUUAACACUGAGGAGAAUAUUAAGCGGGCUAGGAAUAUAAUGGCAAGAUAUUACAUACUUCAUCGGCUCUUGCAGUUUGUUCUUUGGAGUGGAGUUGCUGCCAUUUUGUGGAGAUUGAUUAAGCUCUUUUUUUGAUUAUAGAUUCUUACAUUGUUUAAGAGUACACCAAAACUAGUUCAAUAAAUAGUUGGCCAAAGGUUGAGUUAAA